AGGGCCCUAGAGUCCAGUCUUACCAGCAGGCUUUUGGAGAUCAAAUUACCUAACUGCUCCCUUUGGUUCUCUCGGUGGAACCUUCACCGAGCGCGACUCAGUGGGUUUGACUUUGCCACCGUCUCUCUUCUGGGUUUCAAUAAAGUUUUACUCUUCCUACCCCGCACGGAGCUCAAGAUGGCGGCCUCCUGGCCGCUCGUGGUUAUCCUGCGCUCGUUAGCUCAGGGCCAGCUGAGAGGGAGAUGUGUUGGGUUUGGGGCCUGGGCCGCCGCUCUCGCUCCUCUGGCCACCGCUCCUGGGAAGCCCUUUUGGAAAGCCUACACAGUUCAGACUGCUGCUUCAGAGACUUACUUGAAGGCUGUGGCUGUUUGCCAUGGACCUCUGGACCACUAUGACUUUCUGAUCAAAGCUCAGGAGCUAAAAGAUGAUGCACAUCAAAGAAGAGUCAUACAGCGUUUGCAGAAAUUACACGAGGACCUUAAAGGCUAUAGUAUAGAGGCAGAAGGACUUUUUUCAAAGCUUUUUUCAAGGAGCAAACCUCCAAGGGGCCUGUAUGUUUAUGGAGAUGUUGGUACAGGGAAAACAAUGGUGAUGGACAUGUUUUAUGCUUAUGUGGAAGUGAAGAGGAAAAAACGGGUUCAUUUUCAUGGUUUCAUGCUAGAUGUGCACAAAAGAAUACAUCGCCUUAAACAGAGUUUGCCAAAAAGGAAACCGGGAUUAAUGGCUAAAUCAUAUGACCCAAUAGCUCCCAUCGCUGAAGAAAUCAGUGAAGAAGCGUGUCUCUUGUGUUUUGACGAAUUUCAGGUCACUGACAUUGCUGAUGCCAUGAUUCUGAAACAGCUUUUUGAAAAUCUGUUCAAAAACGGGGUCGUCGUUGUGGCAACAUCCAACAGGCCACCAGAAGAUCUCUAUAAAAAUGGACUCCAAAGGGCUAACUUUGUACCAUUCAUAGCUGUCCUAAAGGAAUAUUGUAACACGGUCCAGCUGGAUUCUGGGAUAGAUUACCGGAAAAGGGAACUUCCUGCUGCAGGAAAACUCUACUACCUCACAAGUGAAGCUGAUGUGGAGGCUGUCAUGGAUAAGUUGUUUGAUGAGCUGGCUCAGAAACAAAAUGAUUUAACUAGACCAAGGAUUCUAAAAGUGCAAGGCAGAGAGCUGCGGCUGAAUAAAGCCUGUGGAACCAUUGCCGACUGCAUAUUUGAAGAGCUGUGUGAGAGACCACUUGGAGCCAGUGACUAUUUGGAAAUAGCAAAGAAUUUUGAUACGGUAUUUUUAAGAAACAUUCCACAAUUUACGCUGGCAAAGAGGACUCAAGCUCGGAGAUUCAUAACCCUCAUUGAUAACUUUUAUGAUUUCAAGGUGCGUAUAAUUUGCUCUGCGUUGACUCCUCUUUCAAGCUUAUUUUUGCAUCAACAUCAUGACAGUGAGCUGGAGCACAGAAUCCUGAUGGACGAUUUGGGGUUGAGCCAGGACUCAGCAGGACUCUCCUUGUUCACCGGAGAGGAGGAAAUCUUCGCCUUUCAGCGCACAAUUUCCCGACUCACGGAGAUGCAGACUGAACAGUACUGGAAUGAAGGGGACAGAACCAAGAAGUAACUGUCACUUUCACAUGAAUAAGACUCCAGACGGAUGCUUAA